UAUUAGUCCACCGUAGGAUCUUCCAAAUUCAUUGGAGAAUCAAAUUCGCUGUUCAUCACGCAGUGAACUUUGUCACAGAGAGGGAGAGAGAGAGAGAGUUUUUUAGAGAGAGAAAGAGAAAGAGAAAGGGUAAGAGAGAGAGAGAGAGAGAGAACAAAUUGCACUUUCCAUUCAGACAAACAAAAUCAAAUCUCUAUAAGUUAAAGCUGUGAAAACAAUGCAAAACUCCCUUCAGUCAAUCGUUGGUCUCGUUUCUUGUACCUUUCCAGUCUAUUUUCUCAGAUGGUAAUGGGUAAUGCCAGUGGUAGAAAAGAUGGAGAAGGCCCAUCUGGAACUAAAAGCUAUGAAGAAAAUUAUGACGGGUAUGAUUUGGUGUUUCCAGAGCCCAUGGCUAUGGCUCACUCACCUCCUCAUAGCCCUAGGGCAUUCCAACCACCUCUUUUGUUCACUCUUCCUAACCCUGUAGUACCCCAACCAAGACCUGGUGAGGCAAUACAAGCGCAAACUCAAGCAUAUUUUGGACAUACAAUGCAUGGUGAUGACACAGUCAAUGAGAGAUUGAAACGGGUAAAGCUCUCAUGGAAUCAUGGUGGCAAGCAAGUGGCUGUAACUGGAUCAUGGGACAACUGGGAGACCAGAGACCUCCUGCUUGGUACUGGGGAUGCUUUCUAUAUUGAAAAGCUACUCCCAUCUGGUAUCUACCAGUUCCGCUUCAUUGUUGAUGGAUAUUUGAGGUGUGCUCCAGACUUGCCAUGGUUCAGUGAUAGUUCAGGGAAUGCUUAUAACAUUUUGGAUUUGCAGGAACAUGUUUCAGAAUUGCCAGAGAACCUAUCAGAAUUUGAAUCUCCUCCAUCCCCACCUUCAAGUUAUGACAACAAAUGCUUAAGCGAAGAUGAUUUUAGUAAGCCUCCACCAGAAACACCUCCUCAACUACAAUCAACAAUUUUAAAUGAGCCAUCCUCCUCCUAUGAUGCUCAUCAACCUCAAUGCUCAGAGCUGAACCAUUUGUAUAUCCAGACCCAUAAUGAAGGUCGGUUUAUGGCACUCGGCUCCACAUAUAGAUUUCGUGAAAAAUAUGUUACAAUGAUUCUGUACAAGCCCUUGAAGAGAAAAAAUUAA